AGCAGAAAUCACCGCAAAUAUGGCAAUUAUAUUAAUGCUGCCACAUUUUUCAUAUAUCACGUAUUUCUAAUAAGAUUUUAAUUUUUGAGAGGCAUGCAUAGUAACUUAAAUAUACAAAAAAUCUAAUUUUAUAUUCUAUAAAAUGUGUUUACUCACGGUACUGUUAUACUCUUAUGUGUAUUGUGAUUGCACAUUUUAUUAUUUACUGUAUUGAACCACAUAUUAUAUUGUUAUAUUAUAAAUAUUUUAACAUUUCUUUAUUUGUUGAACUACUGUAGCAAACGUUUGAUAAGAACAGCUGUCAAAAAUCGUGGCCGGAAGCCAACCGUACAUGUUCUAUAAUUUUAAGGAUAGGUGUUUAGCAAUAAUUUAUUAAUUAAAAAGUCAUUAUAGUUUAUUAAGUCGUCUUUAAGUGUGCAUAACAACAUGGCAGAUGUAAUUCCAGAUAUUAGUAAGCUUCCAAAGUGUGUAAAAGAUAUCUCCAUAUCCGAUGAGUAUAUAAAAUAUUUGCCUUCAAUUGCAACAAAAGCGAAAACCAAAGAUGAGGCAGAAUGCUUACUUCAGCACAUUGUGGCUGUAAUAGAGUUCGAAAUUUUGAUAAAAUCGCAAAAAGAUGCAUCGAAUAUAGUCAAUCAGGUUGUUUUGAAUACAGCUUAUCGUGCAUAUUUCCAAUUGCUGCAGCAACAUAAACUGCCAGAGACCCAUUUGAACGCUUUACCUAAGCCAAAAUUGUUGUAUGACGAUGAAUGUGGCUUCCAGUUAUUAUACGCCGUUCUAUUAACUGAUCAGCAUGCACGGACUUUCGAUCCUGAGACACUAAUUAUUGAAUGUACUAAAGCAUUAAGUGACGCUAUUAACGAAUACUGCGGUAGCCUGCUAUACAUACUUAAAGUCUUGAAUUUAUUAUUGAUUAAAUUUCCAAAGUUCAACACAAAUAUACCGCUCCAGCAAAUCUAUUAUUGCUUACAAUGCAACCAAUAUGGCAUGCGCGAAGAGUCGCUGAACCUUUUUUCAAAUUGUUGUCGGCAAAUUGAAUACGCUUUUGAAAAUUUUCAAGUUAUUUUAGAGUUUUGGCCAUGGUCAAAUCGAUUUAAAUUCUAUUUAAUUAGUUGCAUAUUGAAAACGUACAAUUUAAUUGAAUAUCUGCGGAGUGCACAGCAUUCAGUGAGUGAAUUUUUCUCUGGUGUACGUCUAAGUCUGAGUCAUAAGAGCCUUUUAGCCGCUAGUCAAUAUUUAGUAAAAGCAUUAAGUGCACAAAACUCCGAUGAGCUACUACAGCUAAGUACUGAUAUACUCACAAGGGGUACAGUUAAAGAAAUCAAAAAUUUUUACGCACAAUGGUAUGGGCGUAUAGAGCAAAAAGAUAGAUUGUUCGAUUUUUUGCAAAAUCAACCGGAAAUAGUAAACUUCCUCGAAAACACAAUCGAUGGUUCAAUCGAACAGGAUUAUUUUCGUUCAACCUUAAUCUUUAGCAUGUUUUCACGACAAAUAUUCGAAGCAUCAAAGCUACACUUUUUUAAAAUCAGUACUGAACUUAUAACAAACUGCUUCCAAUUCGAAUUGGAAACACAAAUGUUGGUUUUCAAGUUCGUUGUUGACAAUUUGGCUAGUUUUGCCAUUGAGGAUUGUCUGGAAUUCACAGCUGCAUUUAUAAAGGAGCAUAAAUGCAUUGAAAAUGCUCAGUAUCGUAAUGAAAUUUUGGGUAAAAUACCAGCAAUCGUUAACUAUGUGGCGAAAACGUUUAGCAAAUUGCAUGAUGCUGGAGGCAUAACCACGCUUGAGACCAGCAUACAGACAUUUUUCAAGCAUAUGCACCUUUUAAUUGAUGCCGACAUUGGUAGUGACAUUUAUCAACCGAAAAUAUUUUCGUUGCGCCUCUUAGAGAUUUUGCUAAAAUCAUUAUACGCUGACAAUUUGGAGAAGAAUGCCAAAAAUUGUUGCUUAACGCAAAAUAAAAAACUUGGAAACUUUUUGGUUGAACAACAAGUAUUCGAAUCUGCUAGCGUAGGAGCAGCACUCUUCAAACUACUUGACGAUCCAUUGGGUUUUGAUGAUGCAUUAGAAUUGAUAAUGCGCUUACUGCAACAAAUCAAAUUUGCCGAAGUGGACGAAAGUGUGCGCUUAUGCAAGGAAUUUAGCCGCCGCUGCGAUGUGGACGAAUGUGUUUUAAGCACACUUUAUGCAAGAGUGACAUUAAAUUGCUGCAAAAGCACAGGCGAUGAAGAAGGGAUAUCGAUUUUACUUCAAUUCGCUAUAAUUUCUUUGAAAGAAGAACUGGAAGAUUUUCAAAAAGAUCCAGUGUUGGUGUGUAAGACACGAAAUCACUUAUUUGGCUUUAUCAAUAUAGUUGGAGAAGUUGUGCAAGGCAAUAUUUGCCUAAAAACGGAAACGCAAAACGAAAUACUAGACCUUUUGGAAAAAGUGCUGAAUUUAGUUUUGGAUUUAUUGAAUGUAUGCAAAGCUGAUCCCAUGCAAGCUGCUAGUAAUGCAGCGAGCUUCCAAGAUAUGGACGAGAGUUUGGAAAUAUUGGUACAGAAAAGCGCAAACAAAGUGGAAGAUCAUGGAGAAGUUCGAAAAUUUUUACUUAUGUCAUUCUGGCUAACAUUGAAGGCGGCCUGCGAUUUGGCAACGGAAAUCGGUAUGCGGUAUGUAGUAACAACUGGAUAUGACUCCAGUGAUUGUCAGAAUAUGAUAUUAAAACGUUGUUUGGAUAUAAAUGUAACGGUGCUAACGCGUUGUAGGCACAAAGGUGCCAUCGAAGCAGCUGGCGUAAGUAUAGGCAAACUAACUAAAAGUGUUACUUCGCAUUGCAGUACAACUUCGGCGGUGUACCACUUAUUAGACAACUGCUUGGAACUCUUAUUCGACAAUACAAAGCAGGUCAGCAUUACACGUCGCGGUGCCGGUUACUCCAUCAUGAUGCUGCAUAUCGUGAAGAAUGAACAGCAACGCACAAGACCAUUACUUAAGAAUGUAAUGAAUAGAACUAUAGCAUUACUUAAGAAUUACCGCGCAACCGACGGUUCGAAUGUUGGAAAUUUCGAUCGUUUGGAGGCUUUACUAUUGCACUACCUGGGCGUUUUAGUGCGUGAUACCGAGUUGCGCGAAGCCACAUCACAUUAUUAUAAUGAAAUACUAUUAGUAACAUUAAAGCGCAUCGAGCAUCCCGAAUGGACGGAAUUCAAUGCAGCAUUGCAGCUUUUUGGUGCAUUAGUACCGAAAAUUGUUGGGCAAACGCUGGCCAAGGAUUUCGAUGCGGCAGCUGGUAAUGAAAACAACGAUAUUACUUAUGAUGAAAUCAUACGAAAACUGCCAACGGCUUGCGAUUAUAUACUCAACUAUUUUGCCAGCAAACAAGACUUGAAUACCGACACACGCACCACCGUUUUAUUCCUGGGCUUCCUCUCAAAGGUUAAGCAUUUACCCAAACAAAUCGGCGUGCAUGAAUGCAGUUUUUUGCACCGAAUACGCGAGCUAAUGUGGCGUCUAUUGGCGCAUCGCUGUGAAAGCGUGCGUAAGAUGGCUGCGCUUUGUUUUGUACGCGCGCACGACUUUAGACUCGAACUGCCUCAAGCGUUAAUAAGCAUUUCCAAUAUACUUGGUAAUGUAAGCAAUCAGAAUUUGUUGCUGGGUUUCAUUGCUACGCUUGCGGAAGGCAUACUACGUAUGCAACAUGAAAGUAUGUGCAUUAACGAUGGGGCUUACAAAGAUUUUAUGCAACAACUACGUUCAUCUUUGGCCAACUUCAAACUCACACAUAAAUAUGAGCCAUACUCAAUAAGCAAACUGCUAGAUAUUUUCCUCUUAGUUGGCUUUGAUGCACAGGUGAGCAUUGUGCAAGAAUUGCUAUGUGCACCAACUGCGGACGAAGCUGCUAUUGGCUAUGAUGUGUGGCAGCAGUGUGCUGAAAAGUUUAAGAGCAAAUCUUAAAUCAAAAUAUACACAAUUAAUAUCAUAUAAUCAAAGAACUAAGUAGUAAUGUGCUAAAUAGUUAAGAGGCUUUAAAUUUAGUUUGCUUUUAAUGUAUUGUACAAAUUUAACAGUAAUUAAGACUAAGUCGAAAAUAUUGAUUAGACAACAUGUCAGUUUAAGGCAUCACUUUAAUUGAGAAUAUUUUAUAUUACAUAAACAUUCGUAUAAAAGUCAUCGAUUGCCCAUUGGGAAAAUAACCUGUUAUUGCUUAAAUUUUAAAAGAAACUCCCCAAUUAUAAAAUUAUUACUUUCUAUACCCGCAACCAUUUGAACGCUUAAGUUAAGUCUAAACGAAGAAAUAACGAUAAUGUUUUUGAAAGAUUUGCCAAAGCGUUUAUAAAUUCCAUUACUUUGUUCUUAUCAUCAUAUGCUAUGAAGUCACAUUAAAAUUAUUGUAACGUACAAUUCUCUAAAUUAAAAUAUAAAAAAAAAAAUUACGUGGCUUACUAUUUGGCUUAAAAAUGGCAAUCUUUGUAAAAACAAUUCCACUACUAAUUUGAUUCCCGGAGUAAAAUAUCACUAAUACAAACAAAAUAAGUUUCGAUAAUUAUAAGCAACGUAACAUAUACAUAUGUAGCUAACUAUCCGCGAAGUCCGAAGCACAUACAUAAGCUACAACUAAAUCAACUGAAACCUUCGUUGUCCUGCUGCUUCUGUUUCUCCUGCACUUGCGUUUGCGACAUCUGUUGCAGCGUGCGACUGAGAAUGUUGCGUAAAAUAUGUGGCUUGCAGUAUUCUUCUAACCACGGUAUUACGCCGGUUGUCAGCUGCUUGAAGUUAUCCAUUGGUAUAUGCUGGAAUGUUUCGAACAUCUCAUCCAUUAUUGCCUGGAACUACAUAUAAAUAAAAAAUUUUUAUUAUUAUUAACAUUUUUUAAGAUUUAUUAAUAAUAUAUGUAUGUCUAAAAGCUAAUAUUUUAUUGACUAGUACUUAUUAAUUAUUUAACUUUUUGCAGAUAUUGAUAUUAUAACAUUAGUAUUUAUACAUAUAACAUUAUUUAUUUCAAAAUAGUUUAGUAAGUAGAAUUUCCGAAUGCUUGAGAUACCGCACAAUGAUGUUUUGUUUAUCUUAAUUAUUGUAGACAUUGAUUGCUAUUUAAAACAAGAUAAUAAAAACAUUGCUUAUUGAAAA